AUGUCAAACACCUCUGAUCGGCACAGUGCUGACGGCUUUCUUGCCGCGUGCAGAACCAGAAGGACAGUCUAUUCGUUGGCCAAGUGCCCUCAACUCUCGGAUGAGAGGGUCAUCUAUCUUGUCCACGAGGCUAUCCUCCAUACUCCAAGCUCCUUCAAUUCUCAGUCGACCCGCGCCCUUGUGUUGCUCGGCGACGAACACGAACACCUUUGGAACGAUAUUGCAAAGCCUGCCGUCUUCGCGGUGGCACCGAAGGAGGUCUGGCUGGCGUCCGAGAAGAAACUGUCGGCUUUCGCUGCGGCGCACGGCACUGUGAGUCUGCUAACCAACCAAACACUCCAAUACUGA